AUGAGUAAUCAAAACAAAUACUUGAACUUAGUUUUAUCUCAUUCAGAUCAAGACGACGAAAUCGAGAUCGGAUCAGAAAAGAAGAACAAAAACAAAAACAAAGCUGAAGUUCAAGAAGAUGAUGAAGGAAUUCAAUCGACUUCAAAGAAAUCAACAUCAACCAUCAUUGAUUUAACAUUAGAUUCACCUCCAAUUUCUACCAAUAAAAGAACUCAAUCAAAUCCAAGUACAAGUACAAGUCAUCAUCUUGAUCAAAAUCGAUUUCAUCAUGUAAAAAAAUUAAAACAAACUACUUUAUCUAAUUAUCAAUCAAAAACACCUGCACCUGAUCAUCCUACAAAACCUUCUUCUUCUUCUUCUUCUGCUCCCUCUCUUGACUUAGAUGAAG